GCAUCAGUUCAGUCUCUCAGUUAUGUUGCUGCAGAUCAGAGAAACCUGCUGGGACCCUGCAAGGUCUUGGAGGCACCAGAGAUCUCCAGGGGGACACGAGCAUCUUUGAUCCCUAGCAGUCUCUGCAGGGUGUUAGUCUGGUGUCCCACCUUACUCCAAAGGCAAAGCUGACGUCCCAGGGGUCAGGAAUGGCAGAAAUUUCUUCUGACAGCCAGGAAGGCCCUGCCCUGCAGGGAAUUGUAAAUUUGAACCCUUAGGGUCAACCCAGGAGAUGUUAGAGCUCUCCCAAACAGCUCUACAGACCCUCUCCUGAAGGGUGCUGAGGCCCUUCCCAAGCCCUGGCCAGGUCCCAUCGCUCCUGGUAGCUCAGAAGCAUUUUCAGCCAGUGGUUGUCUCCCACCCCAGGUGCCUCACGGCCUCUCUUAGGUGCUAGUAGGGUGUGAAACUCCUGUGGAUUUGGUGAUUCAGCAGGUCUCCACCGAUUCCAAGGACAGACUUUGGAGACUGAGAAAUCCCAGUGCCUUCAGGAAAGGGUAAAAAUAGGGUGGGCAUCUCUAAUGCUCUUCCUCCCCAGCUGUCUAACUGCUACUCCUCAGCACCAGCAGAGCCAUCCUAAGGAAAUGUAUUGUCCAAAGCCUUGUUAGAAAGGGGCUGGGUCUUGGUUUAACCAAUGGUUUAAAACUAGGAAGAGAAUUCUCUCUCCUUCCUGAUCAUUCGAAAGCGAAACGAACUUAGUCACACUCAUGGCAGCCAAGAUGUCUAUAGAAAACCUUCAGAAUGAAGUCUCCUGCUCCAUCUGCCUGGACGUUUUCCAAGACCCCGUGUCAAUCCACUGCGGGCACAGCUUUUGCCGGGCGUGUAUCAUUAAAAUCUGGGAAGGAAUGACCACCAACUUCUCCUGCCCUCAGUGCAGGGAGACAGUGCCCCAGAAGAGCCUCCGCCCCAACUGGGAGUUGGCUAGCAUCAUUGAAGCAGCCAAGAACUUGAAUCUGCAACGGGUUAGAGAGGUGGAAGGAGGGGAGAACUUGUGCAAAGAGCACAAGGAAGCCCUGAAGCUCUUCUGCGAAGACGAAAAAAUGCUCAUCUGCGUGGUGUGCGACAAGUCGAAGGUGCACCGCAACCAUUCCGUGGUUCCUGUGGAUGAGGCCGCCCAGGAGUACAAGGAACAAAUCCAGACCCAACUGAAGCGCCUGAAAUUAGAGGAUGAGGAGCUUCGACCUUUCCUGGAGGUUAUAAAUAACAGAAUCCAGGACUUCUCUAAGAAUACAAAAGCUGAGAAGCAGAACAUUGUGGGCCAAUAUACGCAGCUGCACAAGUUACUGGAGGUGCACAAGUCCCUUUUUCUGACUCUUCUGGAGCAGCUGGACACAGAGAUAACAAAAGCGCAUGAUGAAGUCUUCACCAAUCUUUUAGAGGAGACCACAAGCCUGGGCACGCUGAUCAGGGAUUUGGAGAGGAUAUGCCAGCAGCCAGACUGUGAACUCCUGAAGGACAUCAAAACCACCUUGAGCAGGUGCAAGAGGAAAACUUUCUCACAGCCACUCGAUAUUCCCCCUGAGCUGAAAAAGAAAUUCAAUGAUUUCACAGAGAAAACUGCAAUCAUCAAGGAGGUUGCAGAGAAAGCUCAAGAUAUAGUGGAGUUCGAGCUUCCUUUAAAAACACAGGUAACGCUGGACCCGAACACGGCCAACGCCAUGGUUGAGCUCGUGGGAAUCAGCGGGGCCACGUGGUGGGAUAUGCUGUAUAAGCAGGACGUGCCCUCCAGCCCGGAGAGGUUCUCGUUCCAUCCCUGCGUGCUGGGUUUGAGGGGCUUCACGUCAGGUUGGCACCGCUGGGAGGUGGAGAUCUGCGAGGAAGGCCCCUGGGCCAUCGGCGUGGCCAAGAAGUCGGUGCCGAGGAAGAGCUCUGCGACCCUGACGACCAGGGAGGGGGUAUGGGCACUGUGUCACAUCCGCAGUGAGUACAGAGCUCUGACUGUUCCCCGUGCCACCACCUUGACCUUACCUAAUGACCCCCAGCGGAUACGAAUCUUCUUGGACUAUGAAGGAGGAAGGGUGGUGUUUUUUGAUGCCGUGAGGAAGUCACGGAUAUUUGCUUUUCAGCAGGCUUCUUUCCAAGGGGAGACAGUCUACCCGUGGUGUCUGGUGAAGAAGAAGACUUACCUCAAUUUUUGUUAAACUUUUUUUCUCAAGGCAUAGGGGGGAAAAAAACAAAAAAACAAAAAAACCCCCAAAAAAAACAAACA